UUGUCAGCUGAACGUCAUCUUUGAUAACAAAAGGAAGGCGAAAAUGCAGUGAAGAUUUUAAUUUUUAAUUAGAAAACAGGAGGUUUCUUAAUUAAAAAACCUGUUAAAAUGAUUAAAGCAAUUUUGGUGUUCAAUAAUCAUGGGAAGCCAAGGCUUUCGAAAUUUUACCAAUACUUUAAUGAAGAUAUGCAGCAGCAAAUCAUUAAAGAAACCUUUCAGUUGGUCUCAAAGCGGGAUGAUAAUGUGUGCAAUUUCUUAGAGGGUGGCAGUUUAAUUGGUGGAAGCGAUUAUAAGUUGAUAUACAGACAUUAUGCAACAUUAUACUUUGUAUUCUGUGUGGAUUCAUCUGAGAGUGAACUUGGUAUCUUAGAUCUCAUCCAAGUGUUUGUUGAGACAUUGGAUAAAUGCUUUGAGAAUGUCUGCGAGUUGGAUCUGAUAUUCCAUGUGGAUAAAGUGCAUUACAUCCUCAAUGAGCUGGUAAUGGGUGGAAUGGUUUUGGAGACCAAUAUGACUGAAAUCUUGACAAGGAUUGAGGAUCAGAACAAGUUGGAGAGCAAGGAGGCCGGGAUUAGUGCAGCACCGGCGCGAGCGGUAUCCGCUGUGAAGAACAUGAACAUUCCGCAGCAGAUUAAAGACAUGAAACUGCCCGAUCUGCCGCAAGCUAUCAAAGACCUCAAGUUCUGACCUCAAGUGCCACAGCAUGUGGAAAACUUAGAUGUCAAUACUUAUAGCCGGUCCUUACUCUAUGAACCAUCCUCUGCAAAAUACACAUAAAACACAGUUCAAUAUUGUAAGCAGAUUGUUGGUUUUAUUUUGUGUUUCUUUUUAUUAUUACCACCACACAUCUCUCCAUCUAUUUGUAGCUUGAUGGAAAUUAUUUUUAAUAUUACAUUGU